CAUACGAUAGUUCGCAACCUAAUUUAAAGCAUCCUUAUUAAAAUUGGUGUACAGUAGACUGUUCUAGUCUCUAACAACAAGUUAGUUGAUUAUUUAUAACAUGAAUAAAGACAAAACUAUAUUUAGCCUUCAAACACCUAAUUGAUUGCAAGUCGAAGAUUGGAUCAAAGAAAAAAAAAUCGCCUUUGUGUAUAACGAGUGAUUUCCGUUCAGCUGAGUGUCAGCGUCCGACUGGUGCUGGGACGAUUGCCGAAGUUUCCACUGACACCCUGAUUAUUUUCGAUUUUGUUUUUGUUGAAAUACAAGUGAAAUGUUAACUCAACGAGUUAAGAUGUUUAUUACUUGUCUCUUUCUCUGGACGAUUUGUUUACAACAAGUCAGUGCGCAAGAUUUUGAUCGGCCAAAUUUCCCUUACAUGAUUCUCAUCGUUGGAGUGUUAUUACCGGCUUUGGUUAUAGUUGGAAUGAUCAUCGCGUCGGCUGUGUACUUCUACUGUAACACAUGCAGCAAAGGUACACACAAGGGUGUUGCCAAAAGAAACAUAAACAUGCCCGUUAAGGGAUUGUACCCUAUACAGUCACGGUAUCCAGCAAGUGUCGAUGAGGCAUUGCAGGAACGAGAGGCAACCAACUCACCAGAAAAGACAUCAAGGUUCAAACGGCUGCUACCGACAAAAGUUAGAUUGCCUAAACAAAAUAAGAAGACGAAUAAGGCACCCAAAACGAAUGACAACAGUUUACAUUGUGUAUAAGAAGACGAAUAAGGCACUGCCCAGACGAAUGACAACUUACAUUGUGUAUAAGACGAAUAAGGCACCACAAACGAAUGACAAAAGUUUACAUUGCGUAUAAUAAGAAGACGAAUAAGGCUCCUCAAACGAAUGACAACAGCUUACAUUGUGUAUAAUAAGAAGACGAAUAAGGCACCUCAAACGAAUGACAACAGCUUACAUUGUGUAUAAUAAGAAGGCGAAUAAGGCACCUCAAACGAAUGACAACAGCUUUACAUUGUGUAUAAUAAGAAGACAAAUAAGGCCCCUCAAACGAAUGACAACAGCUUUACGUUGUGUAUAAUAAGAAUACAAAUAAGGCACCCCCAAACGAAUGGCAACAGCUUACAUUGUGUAUAAUACUUUUCAAUGUAUCUUAAGGGGAAAGAUAACAUUAAAUGUUAUUAACAAAAUUUGUGGACAUUUCCGCUUCGCUUCACCCCGUGGAUACUGUUGAUAAGUUAUAUGUAUGCUUUAUUUUUGUAUUUAAGUGGUGAUUUAUUAGGCCCCAUAAAAAAAUGUAUUAGUUUAUCAUCCUAUCACAGAAUAAAAACUGAUGAGGGAGGGAGGUUUUUUUUUUUUUUUUUACCGAUGAUCAC